AUGGUGAAGGAGUCAAAGCUUUAUGACACCCUUGGUGUCGCUCCCACAGCUACGGAGCAGGAGUUGAAGAAGGCCUACAAGAUUGGUGCCUUGAAGCACCACCCUGACAAGAACGCACACAACCCCGCUGCCGAAGAAAAGUUCAAGGAGAUCUCGCACGCCUACGAGAUCCUUUCCGAUCCUCAGAAGCGACAGAUCUACGAUCAAUAUGGUGAGGCUGGUCUAGAAGGCGGUGCGGGUGGUGCCGGCGGCAUGGCCGCUGAGGAUCUGUUUGCUCAGUUCUUUGGCGGUGGCGGCUUCGGCGGCAUGGGUGGCAUGUUCGGUGGCAUGCAGAACCGUGGCCCUCCCAAGGCUCGCACCAUUCACCACACCCACAAGGUCUCCCUCGAGGACAUCUACCGAGGCAAGAUUUCCAAGCUGGCCCUGCAGCGGUCCAUCAUCUGCCCCAAGUGCGACGGUCUCGGAGGAAAGGAUGGCGCCGUCCGCAAGUGUACUGGCUGUAACGGAGCCGGUAUGAAGACCAUGAUGCGCCAGAUGGGUCCCAUGAUCCAGCGCUUCCAGACCGUUUGCCCCGACUGCAAUGGUGAGGGAGAAAUCAUCAAGGACAAGGAUCGCUGCAAACAGUGCAACGGCAAGAAGACCACAGUUGACCGAAAGGUCCUCCACGUCCACGUCGACAGGGGUGUUCGAAGCGGCACCAAGGUCGAGUUCCGCGGCGAAGGUGAUCAGGCUCCCGGCGUUCAGGCCGGUGACGUUGUCUUCGAGAUUGAGCAGAAGCCCCACGCACGCUUCACUCGCAAGGAGGACGAUCUCCUCUACCGAUGCGAAAUUGAGCUGGUCACUGCCCUUGCUGGUGGUACCAUUUACGUCGAGCACCUGGAUGACCGAUGGCUCAGCAUUGACAUCCUGCCUGGAGAGGCUAUUGCACCUGACUCUGUCAAGAUGGUCCGCGGUCAAGGUAUGCCCUCAUAUAGACACCAUGACUAUGGUAACCUCUACAUCCGCUUCGAUGUCAAGUUCCCGGAGAAGAACUGGACCGACGAUGCCGAGGCGUUCGAGACUCUCCGCAAGAUUCUGCCACCCCCUACAUCACAGCCUGCUGCCCCUGCUGAGGCCAUGACGGAGCCUGCUGAUUUGGAAGACAUGGAUACCAAGGCUCAGACCAAGGUCUUCGGAGACCCCAACUCCAUGGGAGAGGACGAGGACGAGGAUGGCCACCCUGGCGGCGAGCGCGUCCAGUGCGCGUCGCAGUAA